UGAGUCAAACAUCCGAUGGCUAUUUCCACCCUCACUCGGUUCUCUACUUCCGCCACUUCCCCACUCUCCUCUGCUCUCAUUUUUCGCCAUUUCAGUGAAAGGGUCAUCUUCACCGUUGCUACUAAGAAGAAGAGUCAACACCAGGUUUUCAAAACAAUGGCUUUUUCACAAGACAACAAAACUACAGCACCGUACGGCUCCUGGAAAUCCCCCAUCACCGCCGAUGUCGUUUCGGGCUCCUCUAAACGGCUUGGAGGCACCGCUGUUGACCCUCAAGGUCAUCUCUUUUGGCUCGAGUCACGCCCAUCUGAGUCAGGGAGGGUGGUCCUUGUAAAAGAAGCAUGUAAAGCUGGAGAUGAACCGAUUGAUAUUACUCCACCGGAGUUUGCUGUUCGGACGCUGGCUCAAGAGUAUGGAGGAGGAGCGUUUAGGAUUUCUGGGGAUACUGUGUUUUUCUCCAAUUAUAAAGAUCAGAGAUUGUACAAGCAAGCAACCAGUUCCAAAGAUUCUUGUCCAGUACCAAUCACUCCCAAUUAUGGAGGACCAGAUAUCAGUUAUGCUGAUGGGAUUUUUGAUUCAAGGUUUAAUCGUUAUAUCACUGUAAUGGAAGAUCGCCGUGUAAGUAGCAUAAAUUCAACCACAACAAUCACAGCAGUACCACUUGGUGACGUGAAUAUCCCAGAACCAAAAGUAUUAGUGAGUGGCAAUGAUUUCUAUGCGUUCCCUCGACUGGAUCCCAAAGGUGAAAGAAUGGCUUGGAUUGAAUGGAGUCACCCCAACAUGCCUUGGGAUCAAUCAGAGCUCUGGGUUGGCUAUAUUUCUGAGAAUGGAGAUGUGUACAAACGUGUUUGCGUAGCUGGCUACGAUCCUAAAAUUGUGGAGUCUCCUACAGAACCAAAAUGGUCCCCUACUGGAGAACUUUAUUUCAUUACAGAUAGAAAAAAUGGAUUUUGGAAUCUUCAUAAAUGGGUUGAAUCUAAGAAUGAGGUGCUUCCACUUUAUCCCUUGAAUGCUGAGUUUGCAAGACCACUAUGGGUUUUUGGAAUGAAUUCUUACGAGUUCAUCAAGAGUGAGGCUGGAAAAACCUUAAUUGCUUGCACCUACAGGCAUAAUGGGAAGUCAUAUCUUGGAAUUUUGGAUGAUGUUCAGGGUUCAUUUUCUCAGCUCGAUAUUCCUUUCACGGAUAUAGACAAUAUUACUUCAUGGAAUAAUUAUCUGUAUGUCGAGGGAGCCUCUGCAGUUCAACCUUCAUCAGUGGCUAAGGUGACUCUAGAUGGUCAUAAACUAAAUGUAGUUGAUUUCAAGAUUGUUUGGUCAUCUUCAUCAGAUUGUUUAAAGUACGAGUCCUACUUCAGCCAGCCAGAGUUAAUUGAAUUUCCAACCGAGGUUACUGGCCAAAAUGCCUAUGCAUACUAUUAUCCACCAACAAAUCCCCUUUAUCAAGCUAGCCAGGAAGAAAAGCCACCAUUGCUGUUGAAAAGUCAUGGAGGGCCUACUGCUGAAACUCGUGGAACUUUGAAUCUCAGUAUUCAGUACUGGACUAGUCGAGGUUGGGCAUUUGUGGAUGUUAAUUAUGGUGGAAGCACUGGUUACGGAAGAGAAUUUCGUGAACGACUUUUGGGGCGCUGGGGAAUUGUUGAUGUUGAUGACUGUUGCAGUUGUGCUAGAUUUUUGUUGGAGAACGGGAAAGCAGAUAAGGAACGACUCUGUAUAACAGGAGGCUCUGCUGGUGGGUACACGACUUUAGCGGCCCUUGCUUUUAGAGAUACAUUCAGGGCUGGAGCAUCCCUCUAUGGGGUAGCUGACCUGAGUUUGUUGAGGGCUGAAACACAUAAAUUUGAAUCCCGUUAUCUUGAUAAACUCAUUGGAGAUGAGAAGGCUUACUUUGAUCGAUCACCAAUAAAUUUUGUCGAUAAGUUUUCUUGCCCCAUCAUUCUCUUUCAGGGACUGGAAGAUAAGGUUGUACCCCCGGAUCAAGCUCGUAAAAUCUAUAAGGCAUUGAAAGAAAAGGGUUUGCCUGUUGCUCUUGUGGAGUAUGAGGGAGAACAGCAUGGUUUCCGCAAGGCUGAGAACAUCAAAUUCACACUAGAACAACAGAUGGUGUUUUUUGCGCGGUUGAUUGGACGCUUUGAUGUUGCUGAUCCCAUUACGCCAAUCAAAAUAGAUAACUUUGACUGAGCACUAAGAGAAGAUUUUGGUGGUUCAUGGAGUUCAGUUGGGCAUGAAUUUCUGAUAAUAUUAAUAGUCUUUAUUUUUCAGGAAGCUUGAUUGCCAAAGCCUGCACUUAGAGCAUGUAAAAAAACCUUUUCAUCUAUGUAAGACUGAACAGUAACCUGAUAAUCUUCACCGUUCUAUGAA